AUGGCGGCGGAGUGGCCGCUACUGGCGGAGGAGGAGGAGGACGAGGCGGAGGUGGCGCGGGCGUGGCGCGCCGUGGAGGCGGUGCGCGUGACGGCGGACGUGGCGGCGGCGGCGCGGCACCUGAUGGCGCUGCUGCGGCGAGUGCAGGCGCACGGCGGGCUGUGCGACGAGGGGCCGGCCCUCGAUACCGCCAUCCGCAGGCGCGCCAUGCCCGCCCCUCAUACUGCGCGCCCCUCAUACUGCGCGCCCCUCAUACUGCCCGCCCCUCAUACUGCCCGCCCCUCAUCCCCUUUCAGCAAAGUGUACGAGCGGUGCUGGCUGCAGCUGGCUGGGCGGCUGAGUGACGACGAAAUGUGCCGCCUGCUACCGCCCAUUGACGUGGAAUGGGUUUGGCUCUGCCACCGCCUCAAUCCCGAGGCGUACAGCAGGGAGUGCGGGGCCAGGGUGGGGCGAGUGGUGGAGCAAGCAGUCUUUGACACAAGUGACUGUCACCCCUCUCACCACCCUGCUACCAAUCAUGCUGCCUGCAGCAGCAGCAGCGGGGGCGGGAGGGAGGCAGCAGAGGCAGCGGCGCGGCGGGUGUGGGACAGGCUGUUCCCUCACGAGCCCUACGACCUGUGCGAGCCUCGCAGAGCCGGCAGGUCACAGCACGGCGGGGGGGUUGGCGAUGCUGAUGAUGACGGUGCGAGGGAGAGCACGCAGUGCGGGCGGGGGAAUGAAGGCAGAGGGGAGGCGCAAGGGGGGCCGGCGGGGGAAGAGAGGGGGAGCCUCGGGGAGGGCCCUCGGUGUUGCAAUGAAGGCGCAGGAGCAAGGUGUUGCAAUGAAGGCGCAGGAGCAAGGCGCAGCCUGGCAUGCGUGGACGGGCGGAGAGGCGAGGGGAGGGGCGCGGAGUCUGGUGGUGAGCCUGCAGGCGCGUCAGAGGGCUCUCUGAGAGGCAGCAGGACGGCAGAGGCCUCCAGAGAACCGGGCGCGGUGGAUUUGCUGGCAAGCGCAGGGGUGGAAAGCAGAGAGGCGGCAGAGGGUGCAGGAGAGGGGCAGCACGUGCAGUACGACCUGAGGGCUGCUGUGCUGCGACACAGAGGGCUCUUACUCGAGGUGGACCGGCCGUGGAUGGUGCAAACGGCAUACCUGAGGGGGUCAGUGCAGCGCUACCGCAUGUUCCUCUGCCUCUUCAAGACCAACCCAGCGACGCCCCUCACACCCACCUGUGACAUCGACCUGAUCUGGCAUGCCCACAUGAUGUGUGCACGUGCCUACGCCACGGACUGCCACCACCUGGUGGGUCGCCUCAUCGCGCACCACGACUCCCUCUCGCCCGCACCCGCCCUCGCGCCCUCCGCCCUCGCCUGCUCGCCCUGCGACCUGGCGGGCCCGCGCUCACCGGGGCCACGGCAUGUGGAGGCGGCGCACAGGGCCACGGCGCUGCUGUGGGAGCGCACCUUCGCCGUGCCCUUUGCGCGCGCAGGGGCCAUGCACCGCCAGGGCGUGCCCCCUGCUCACGCAAGCUCCCUGCCACCGGCUAUGCGCAUGGGCGGGGCAGCUGUGGGCCACGAGCAGCAGGCAACGGCAGAGGGGGCAGGCGAGCAGGAGGGCUCAUGGGCAUGCAACCAGUGCCGUUCAGACACUGCCGCAGGGGCAGACGUGGAGAGGCAGCAGCAGCGCCAGCACACGGAGCAGCAGUUGAGGAGUAGCAAGAAAGCAGAUGCGGACAAGGAGAGUGUGGGAAGCGGGGGCACAGGCGAGCAGGGGGAAAAGGUGCGGCGCAUGGCAGUGGCGGGGUGUGUGAGUGCGGGUGAGGCGAAUGCAGGGCUGGGGCUGUGGCAGCGCAGCACAGUGGACGUGGAGGUGACCGUGUGGACCGUGAGAGGGCUGCUGCUGCCCGCCCCUGACUGCCUCUCCGUCUCCCUCUCCGCCCUCCAUGCCGCCCCUGCCUUCUCCGCCCGCACGCCCGCGCUGCCCUUCCAUCCGGCAGCCCCCCCACCGCGCUGGCGCCACCGCUUCUCACUGCAGGCGGAGGUGGCCUCAGAGGGGCUGCGGCUGAGCCUGCACGCCCACUCGCGGUCGCUGCUCUCCUCGCUGCUGCCCUGGCUGCUGCCCCCCGCACCCCGCGAGCUGGGGUCAGCGGUGCUCACGUGGCACCGCCUGCUGCAGCACCCCUCGCUGCUGCUCCACUGCCUGCUGCCCCUCGCCCCCCCAGGCUGCACCCCCGCUGCCUAUGCCGCUGCCACAGCCCCUCUCACUGCAGCCAGCACAGCCGCCACAGGGAGCAGUGGCUUGGUGGCGAGGGCAGCAGAAGAGGGGGGCGUGGAGAGGGUGGGUGGGGCCGGAGGCAGGGCAGAGGGCAGUGUGGGAUGUCCGGCGGGGCAGGCAGGGCUGCAGGUGGGCGUGUCGCUGACCCCUGCCACGGCAGCGCCCUUCCUGCUGCGCGCCGUGCCUGUGUGCACCUCUGAUGACCGCGGGGCCAUGCUCUGUGCCUCCCUGGCUCAGCACCGCCCUCAGGCGGGGCGGUGGGUGUCGCGCACGGUGCUGGACCACAGGGGCGUGGAGGCGUUUGUCAUGCGCACCAGAGUGGCAGAGGGAGUGUGGGAGGACCACAAGCGCCCAAAGCCAGUUCAGCCAACGGAACGGACAAUUGUGCUGCAUCAGGGGGGUUGGAGCUAUGUGCCCACGGACGCCACGCCCUUGCCCCUCACCGCCCCCCUGCAUGAGCGCGUGGGGGUGUGCCGCGGUCCAGUGCUGGCGCAGGCUGUGCCUCGAGGCGGGGGAGGGGUGCGGUCGGGACAUGGAAACGGGGAGAAGGAGGGGGGAGGGGUGGGUGCAGGGGGGGAGCUGGUGGUGCGCUAUGCGCUCAUGGGAUGCUUGCCUGGUGCAGCAAUGGCGGAGCUGGGAGUGCGGUGCAGAGUGGUGGAUGGGGCGCUGGUGCAGGGCUCACUGCAGCUGGAGCUGCAGGAGGAGGGCGACCAUCAGGUGGCGCUACUGCCGGGCCGGCACCUGUCUUACACUGUGUGCGGGGCGGCAGCAGCAGAGGAGCAAGGCUUUGCCACGCUUGUGCGAUACACUGGGGGGCCCGGGCUGGCGCGCGCCACAGCGCUGCUCAACUGGAGGGGGUGCGUAGUGGAGGUGGCACGCGAGGAGUCGGUGGCGCUGGCGCUGCUGCUGUGUGUCGCCAUCGCUGAGGCGCUGCACGACAUGCUCGCUGCACCGCGCUGCAUGUGCUUCAGGCCCAUGCUCCUGCCCAACCCCGAUCCCGACACGCACUGGCAGGCCCUGUGCCUCAACCACGGCUCUCAUGCCCCCUCCUCCGAUGCGGCUAGGCCCAGCCGCGGUGGCAGAAGCGAGGAGCGAGGGGAAGAGUCAGGGUGGGCAAUGGGGGAGCAGGCAGAGAGGAGGUGGUGGGAGCAGCGACCCCUGGCAUGGAUGCCUGGUGCUGCCAGCUGUGAUUUCGGGGCUUGUGGGCCCAGCUUCACUCAUGGAUAG